AAGUGAUGGCUUUGUUGGACAGUAUUCCGCAUUUGAAUCAAUUGCUUGAUGUCUGGCAGAGAGACAACAGGGCAUCGGAUCAAGUGAUCAAUUGUCUCAAUAAGAUUGCAGAGUUGGUGGAGAAGGAGACGGAGGCGUACCUGAAGAUGGACCCUGAUCCUUUCGACGACCGCCAUCCCAGUCGCGCCCGACCCGACUGCUCGCUCGGACUCGUCCUCAAGACUCUCUUCCGGAACGACGACUUCAUGAAUAAAUUAGUGAACGACUAUGUGAUGCAUAGGGACGACACAAACCUACACAUCGCUGCCUGUCGUCUAAUGUUGGAUAUAUUGCCCGGUUUGGAGACUUCGGUCGUCUUCAACGAAACCGAGGGUUUAGUUCAGCGACUGUUCAAUUGGGCGGAAAGCGCUUCGGAUCCGUUGCAGUCAUACGCGACGGGUCUGUUGGCGGCGGCGAUGGAAGUGCAGGACAUCGCCACCAACUCUAAGGACCAAAACGCGAGACUUUUGCCAAUUAUGUUGAAGCGGUUGAAGGAAUUGCGGAACAAAAGCAUCGAAACAAAUGAGAAUCAUUUAAACGAUCGGCCAUUUGUUCACUUGAAUAACAGUAAUUUGAGUCCAAAGAAGUGUAUCUCCAAAUCGAAAACAGAUGAAUCCAAUGAAUCUCUAAACAAAAGCAAACGGACUCUUCAGUCCAGUUCUCCCGAUAUGAAUAAAAGGCGACGUCUUUCGAGUCCUGUCAGUUUCUCAGCGCUCUCUCCGUCGACUUACAACAGCGAGUGCUCUAACAGUAGUUGGGCUGAAGUCGAGCCCUAUAUGAUUGGCUUUUCUAAAGUGCAUCCAUUGACCGAAGAAAUGAAACAACGAUUUGUUUUACAAUAUUUGACACCAAUGGGUGACUAUCAAGAAAUGCUGUGCUUUGUCUUUGAACACAACGCUCUCUCAUUGAUUAUGCAUUACAUCGACUUAAGCAAGAAUAGAGACAUUAGACUUGCUUUCGAUGCACUCAAGUAUUUGGCAUCUCUUUUGUGUCAUAAAAAAUUUUCGUUAGAAUUUUUGAACGCCAAAGGAUUAGAGCAAUUACUUCAGAUAUACCGGCCCUCUGUAGCGGCCACUGGAGUCUCCAUUUGCUUAUACUAUUUGGCAUAUAAUGAGGACGCCAUGGAAAAAAUAUGUCUGUUGCCUAAGCAUAUACUGAACGAUUUGGUGGCCUAUGCUUUAUGGCUACUGGAAUGCUCUCACGACUCGAGUCGAUGUCACGCCACUAUGUUUUUUAGUCUCAGUUUUUCGUUUCGUAUGAUUCUUGAGUUGUUUGACAGUCAGGACGGACUCAGAAAACUACUAAAUGUGAUAUUUCUUUUGGACAUCUUCUCAGACGAGACGGAAUACACUGAGGAUGAGUUGUUCACCAAAAGGCAAAACGCGAGACACGUUUGCGUAGCG